AUGCCGAGCGAGGACAAGCCAGCCGUCAAGCUGCGCGGCAAGGAGACCCUCCUGAGUGCCGACGAGCACCGGGGCUACAUCGGCGGGCGCCUCAAGGAGAGCCUCACCCACUUCCGCCCUGACAUCGUGCACCAGUGCCUGCUGACCCUGCAGGACAGCCCCCUCAACAAGCUAGGCCAGGUGCGGGUCUACAUCCACACCCGCCUCAACCAGGUCAUUGAGGUCAGCCCUGCCACCCGCAUUCCAAGGACCUACGCUCGCUUCGCUCCUCUCUUCGCUCAGUUACUGCGCAGACUCAAGGUACGCGCAGAGGAGUCGAGUGAGGUGUUACUGAAGGUCGUCAAGGGCCCCGUCAGCAACUAUCUGCCGCCCGGGCCGCGCAUCGCCCUCUCGACGAAGGGAGAUCCCCUGCCUGCCAAGGAACUUCCAGUUCUGGCGGGCGAGGGGAACGUUACUUUCAUCGUAGGGGCGGUGUCGAAAGGCAACCCGAUGGAGGUGGACUAUUUCGACCGGACAGCGAAGCUCGGGGAGUUCCCGCUGAGCGCGAACUACUGCAUCAGCAAAAUCCUGCACAGCUUCGAGGACGCGGAGGGCCUCCUGUGA